AAUCUAAACUAAUUGUCGUAAUUUUUAGUUGUUGAAAACACCCAAAGCAAAAAUGCCCGCCCUACAUGCACAAAAAGUGGAACCAGAAGCCGCAACCGAUGGAAGCGGAAUCAACGCGGUUUUGCUGGGGCCACCGGGCUCCGGCAAGGGAACCCAGGCCCCUUUGCUCAAAGAGAAAUACUGUGUAUGCCACUUGUCCACAGGUGACAUGUUAAGGGCUGAAAUUUCUUCUGGUUCUAUCCUGGGGAAAAAAUUAAAGGCUGUUAUGGAUGAGGGCAAACUUGUUAGCGAUGAUUUGGUUGUUAACAUGAUCGACUCUAAUUUGGACAAGCCUGAAUGUAAAAAUGGAUUUUUGCUCGAUGGAUUCCCAAGGACAGUUGUGCAAGCUGAGAAGUUGGAUGGUUUGUUGGAAAAACGCAACACGCAACUGGAUGCUGUAAUCGAGUUUGGCAUUUCCGACAGCCUAUUAGUCCGUAGAAUAACAGGACGAAUGAUCCAUCAAGCUAGUGGUAGAUCGUACCACGAAGAAUUCGCGCCGCCGAAAAAGCCCAUGACUGACGACUUGACCGGCGAACCUUUAAUUAAAAGGUCCGACGACAAUGUCGAAGCCUUGAAAAAACGACUCAAUGCAUAUCACACCCAGACUAAACCCCUUGUGGACUACUACCAAAUAAGGGGUAUUCACUUUGCUGUCGAUGCCGCCCAAUCAAGCAGAGAUGUGUUCAAAAAUAUCGACUCCAUAUUCUUGGGGCAGCAGAAACAGAGGGCCAGACUUUAAAACACUGCCAAAACUUCUUCUAUCUUGCAUUUGAUAUGUAGAGCGACAUUUGUUUUAUUUUUCAUUGUUAUGGAUUCCAUUAGCAAUAUUUUUCUAUGAGAUGUAUUAAAGUAUUUUUGUUGUUGGGUUAAUAAAAAAAAUUAAAUUUU